GCGCAGUGGUGUAAGGGCAGGACGGAACCGGCCCAGAACCGGCCCAGAAACAAAUCUAAACGUCUCAACGCAACAGACAACAUGUCGGCUUCUCGCACACGUACGUUUCUUAAAUACAGAUUUCUGUUUCGUUCGGUUCGCGUUAAAAUACUGCAGGUGGACGUCACUCCUUUGUUCAGGCGCAGAGCGCGCUGAGGUCGCACACUUAUGACGUCGGGUUACCGUGGAAACAAAGAGCGUCGCCUCCUCUGUCGGUGAGCUAGGUGCUAGCAGCAGGGUAACUCGGUAGGAAGCGGAAUGUUUGCAGCUCAGCUGAGGUUUCUAAUGACCCAGCACGUCAGUUAAGAUGUUAAAGAGACGCUUCACGCCUGGAGACGUGAAAUAAUUCCUUAUUUGGAGGGAAAAUAGGGCUGGAAGCACAGCGCUGCUAAAGCUAGCUGUGAUCUUCAGUCCAGGAUCUGAGUCUGGUUUGGAAAGGCAGAGAUGAUGCUUAAUCAAUUUACAGAUUGAGGUCGGAUCUGGGACCAUGGCUGUUUUCAGGUCCAUUUAAAGUCCGGUGGGAUGGAGAUGUUGGAGGAAGAAGAGGUUCUGAUAUCACAGCUGAAGAGGAAGCUGGAGAACGAAGAUCUGAACCCAGAGGAGAAGAUCAGCCUCCUGAUCGAUGCCUUAAACAAGGUUCUGAGCUCUGCAGCCGUGCAGACAGACAGCAGAGCGCUGACCCGAGUCAAGUCUCAGUUAUAUCACAGUGGGGUCCUGAGUCACUGUGUGGGGGUCCUCUCUCUGAGUCCCAGCAGGCUGAGGGGAAACUGGACCUGUGCUGCCAGGCUCGCUCACCUCACCAGUUCCAGCUGUGUGGGGGCGGACCUAGGCAGCCGCUCCGAGGAUUUUCAUAGGCUCUUCCUGCCAUCAGUUAUGGACGUCCUGCUGUCAUUGGCCAGUCAGCUGAUGAGGCGAGCUGAGGGUUCGUCUCUCUUCAGGAAGGUGCUGGACUCUAUCGGCUGGCUGCUCUCUGCUCACACCCACCUCACAGCUCAGGUCCUCAGCUCCGUCCAGUAUGAACAGAUCCAGAUGUGUGAUGAUGUCACCAUAUCGCUGCUGUGCAUCCAGAUGUGGAUUCAAACCUGUGCAGUCAACAGAGACUUCUUGUCCCAUCUGAGCGACGAAUCCGUCCUGCUGCUGCUCAACGAGGCCGUCGCCCAAUUAGCUCUCAGCUCAGACUCUGCUGUGGGAGGAGCCUCCAUCAAACUGAUGCUCCUGAUGGCCAGUCAGCUGGGACUCCGCCUACAGGCUCUCCUGGUCAACUUUAAAGGUCUGGACAGCCUGCUGGAGAAGGACUGGACAGGACGGGGGUUUGACCAGGAAGUUGAUCAGCUGAUCUCAAUCAUCCAACGAGACAAAGCCGUCAGCAGCCAGUCAGAGGUGAGCACUGAGCGCGUGCGGGCAGCGUGUGUGAUCCAGGCAGCGUGGCGGUCGUUUCAGACCCGACGCAGAGUGAAGAGCCUCAACAGAGCCGUCAGCACGCUGCAGAAGAGAUACAGGGCUCGGAGGAGGCGUCUGCAGGAGCAGAAGGAGGCCCAGCAGUGGGAGGAGCAGCUCAGGUAUCAGGUGUGUGUGAGGAGGCAGCAGGCGAGGAGACGCUUCCAUCAGAAACAGAGAGAGCUGCUGCUGCUGCUUCCUCCCGAUCAGGUGCGACCGUACCUGCAGGAGUGCGAGCGUCGAGCAGCUGUGGUGAUCCAGAGCGUCUACAGAGGCUUCAGGGAAAGAAGACGCUACAACGACUCUCUGCGAGACGCUCUGAGAGAGUCGCAGAGACAGCAGCGUGCUGCCAGGACACUGCAGAGAGCCGGGCGUCGGCUUAUAGAAAAACGACGAGCUGCAAAGGCCCCGCCCCUCAACCCUCUCUGGAUUGGUCAGGAAGGUUUGACGGACAGCCGGUGGGCAGAGUUACAACAACAGGUGGAGGAGUACAUCUCUGUGCACAGGUCGACAUGCGUGUCUGCUGAGGAGUGUGCGUCGCUGCAUGAGGAGGUGCAACUGCUACUGCAAGCAGAGCUGCAGAAAGGAGAGCGGUGGAGGAGAGAGGAGCAGCGGGUGGAGGCUCUGCUGGCGUGUGCACACACACAACUGGAGAUGCUUCGAGAUGCCCCGCCCCUUUCAGUUGUCACGGUGAAACAGGCUGAGUCCUUCCUGAGCCCAUCAGCCUCUAUCGCCGCUCGCGCACGGGAUGCCCACAAUGCCACGCUGCAGGCGAACCGGCUGCCCUGGUGGAGGUUGCUGGGUGAGAUGCACACGGGGGAGGAGGCAAGCCCCGCCCACCUGCAGGAGCUGGAGGCGGUGUUUGGCGGACUGUUCAUCGGAGGGUCAGCGGUGGUUAGAGGAGGUACUGAGGUGGACGGGUUAAAGCUUUAACACCAGGACUGAUGCGAGGGACUUGCUCCUGUUCAGCUUCCAUCCUGAGACUUUUUAUUGUCCACUCAGCUCUGAUCCUGGGAUUAUAUGAUUUCACAGUUUUGUCUGGACUCCUUCUGUCACUAAUUCUGCUGCCAAGCUAAAACAAACUAAGUAAAACCAACAAUAAACUGUGUAAAGUAUGUUUAGAACAUUCUUCCUGUACCAUGUAUGUGUAGCUCUCUGUAAAAGCCUGAAAAUCCGCUCUGAAUGUUUUGUUUUUGUCCCUCUUUCUGCUUUUUGUAAUAAAAUACUUAAGUCUAACAGAA